AUAAAUGCUCCUCAUAAAGCUAACCAUUGUAGCUGAUUGAAAAGAAAACAUCAAGAACGCAAACAAAGAGCAGAAACCGACCAUAAAAUAUCAACGCAGUUGAGGGAAAGCAAGAAAAAAAAAAUGCAGUCACCUUGUCUAAAAGAAGCCGCCCAGGUAUGCCUUAAUGGCUGCUGCCCAACCCCUCUCUUUGGCUACCCUGUCUCCCAGGAAAAAAUUGGACAGACCAGAAGCACAGCAUCAACAUGUCGCCGGAACUUUGCUGCAACAGCUGCUUCCUCUAUCUUCCCAAAUACCCAAUUUACAAAUCCCGAGUCUCUCCCAUCUUUGCAGGAAUCAUUUGCUGAAUUCACCAAAGCCUACCCACAAUACUCUGGUACCUAUCAAGUUGACCAAAUUCGAGCCCAAGAAUACUAUCAGCUCUCACACUCCCAUCAUACCUGUCUUGAUUAUAUUGGCAUCGGUCUCUUCUCCUAUUCUCAGCUACAAAAACAUGACUCCAGAAAACUUGUCUCUUCAUCUACUUCUACAACUCAGUCGUCUCCUCAAAUUUCGCAUUUUCCCUUCUUCAGUGUGUCCUAUAAAACAGGGAAUCUGAAGACACAGCUACUUCAUGGUGGCCAAGAAUCAGAAUUAGAAUCUGCAAUAAAGAAUCGGAUCAUGAGGUUUCUCAAUAUUUCUGAAAAAGAUUAUUGUAUGGUUUUCACUGCAAAUAGAACAUCAGCUUUCAAACUAGUAGCAGAAUCUUACCCUUUCAGCUCAAGUCAAAAGCUCCUUACCGUUUAUGACUAUGAGAGUGAAGCAGUAGAAACCAUGAUUAAUUGUUCUGAGAAGAAAGGGGCCAAGAUAAUGUCAGCAGAGUUCUCAUGGCCUAGACUGAGGAUUCAUUCAGCAAAAUUGAGGAAAAUGAUUACGAGGAAAAGAAAAAAGAAGAAGAAGAGGGGGCUAUUUGUUUUCCCACUUCAUUCUAGGGUGACUGGAGCCAGAUAUCCUUAUCUAUGGAUGAGCGUCGCUCAGGAGAAUGAUUGGCAUAUCUUGAUUGAUGCUUGUGCAUUAGGACCAAAGGACAUGGACAGCUUUGGCCUCUCCCUCAUUCGUCCAGACUUCCUCAUUUGUUCAUUCUACAAGAUCUUUGGGGAAAACCCAUCUGGAUUCGGAUGCCUCUUUGUCAAAAAAUCUACUGUUCCACACAUGGAAGAUUCCAAUAGUACUGGAAUGAUACGUCUCAUCCCAGCAAACAAGCUAUUUUGGUUCCUAGAUGAAUCUUCUGGUACUGAUGUGGAACUUGAACAGACAACUAAAUUUGUCUUAGAAGGAGAUGAAUUAGAUACAUCAAAUUCCUUUUCAGGUCCAAUAGCCAUCCCAAAAAUGCACCAUGAAGAAUUGGAACAAGGAGAAACCUCUGAGUCCCAAACUGCUGCAACAACUACAAAACAGAAAGUUUCAGAAAACUCCAAGUCUGAAACUGCAAGAACAACUACAGAACAGGAAGUAUCAGAAACUGCAACCUCCGAGCUUCAAACUACAGGAACAUUUACAAUUCAGAAGGAGGCGGAAACUUCAGAGAUUAUGGAACCAGGAAAACCUGCUGAAGUACUCCAACAAGAAACUGCAAAAGCCAGCAGAAACGGGAUAAUGGAGAUUGAAUGCAGGGGUUUGGAUCAAGUUGACUUACUAGGACUGACUCAGAUCAGUAACAGAGCAAGGUGCCUGAUCAAUUGGCUGGUGAAUGCUUUGAUGAAGCUCAAGCAUCCAAAUACAGAAGAAAUCCCUGUUAUUAGAAUAUAUGGCCCAAAGAUAAAAUUUGAUCGUGGACCUGCAUUGGCAUUUAAUGUGUUUGAUUGGAAAGGGGAAAAGAUUGAGGCUCCUCUUAUACAAAAACUUGCUGAUCGAAGCAACAUAUCUCUAAGCUGUGGAUUCCUACAUCAUAUCUCUUUCUCAGAUAAGUUUGAAGAAGAUAAGGCAACAGUUCUUGAGAGAAAAGCAAGCAGCGUAAAGGGAAAAUUAACGAACAAGAGAGAAGAAAAAUCAAAUCUGGGAAUAACAGUUGCCACAGUUGCACUUGGGUUCCUGGCCAACUUUGAGGACACCUACAGACUUUGGGCUUUCAUUGCUCAGUUCCUGGAUGCAGACUUUGUGGAAAAGGCAAAGUGGAGAUACACAGCUCUGAAUCAGAAAACAAUUGAAGUUUAAAUGGAAAAUCAUUUGUUUGCUCUUUUUUAGAUUAUGGAAUUUAUACAGGAAAAAAAUACAAAAAGAAGAGAGGUAAGCCCAAUUGUUUUUUCAGAUGAUAAAUUCAAAAGCUUCCAUUUUAGUUCAUGAUCUUCUGUAUAUAAUUUUACACUGA